AAUGAAAGGUGGGAUUUCAAACCCCACUCUCGGCGAACGUUGGGGAAGCUGGAGACCGUUUGACCAAUCCUCCCCGUUCCUCCGUUUAGAAUUGAGGGACUGUGGAUUUGACAUUGAACAAGGCUUAUCUUCUCGUAGACUUCAUCUGCUAACGAUCAAAAUGACUGCGACAACUAUCUCCGCUGCGGAGGUCAACCAUCACAGGUCAGACGACAAUGCCUGGAUCGUCCUCAACGGUGUCGUAUGGGACGUUUCUGGGUUUGCUGCCAAGCAUCCUGGUGGAGCAAAAGUGAUCCAAGAGCAUUAUGGGCUUGAUGGAAGUGAAGCUUACAACGAGAUCCAUGGCCCAGGUGUGGUUUCCAGUUUCCUCGGGCCAGCCAAGCGAGUAGGAGAGGUCACCGAAGGGACAAUUCCAAAACCAAUCCCCAAACCACUUUCUGAAGACCAAUUUGAUCAGCCAAAGCCACAGAGACCAGAUUUAAAUUCAAUUGUCAACAUAACUCAAUUCGAAGCUGUUGCUGAGGCAAAUCUUCCAACGAGAGCAUGGGGUUAUAUCUUCGGAGCAACUGAAGACGGUGUAACUCAUAAUGCGAAUUUGGAUUGGUACAAGCGGAUUAUGUUUCGCCCCAGGAUUUUGAGAGCCGUUGGUACAGUCAAUACCAGCACUCGAAUAAUGGGGCAGAAAUACGACCUCCCUUUCUUUAUUGCACCAACAUCAUCACUGAAGCUUUCCCAUCCGGAUGGUGAACUUGCAACGACGAGAGCAUCAGUCGCCAAUGGCGUAGCUCCCAUUGUCCAGACAUUAGGGUCGUAUUCAUUUCCAGAGAUAAUGGAGGCGAUGCCUGAUGGUCACCCAUUCUUCUUCCAGCUUUACUUUUACACAGACCGCGUUGAAACAGCACGACUGCUAAAAGAAGUUAGCAAGCACAAACCGCAAGCCAUCUUGUUUACCGUUGAUCUGCCAGUCAUCAGCAAGCGAGAAGCUCCUGUACGACAAUCUCACACGUCUAACAGCGGAAGCCCUCCUCAAGCUGAACUGGCUCCGCCACCUGGAACCAAUCCAAUGGACUCUAAUAUAGACUGGGAUUAUAUCGCGUGGAUCCAAAAGCACAGUGGGGCACCAGUUUUUCUCAAGGGUAUUCAAUGCGCAGCUGAUGCUCGAAAAUCCUAUGAGUAUGGUUGUGCUGGGAUCUAUAUCUCGAAUCAUGGAGGCCGUGCUUUGGAUACGGCCGUUCCAUCCAUUCUUGUGCUCCUCGAGAUUCAAGCCACUAGCCCGGAGAUAUUAGAAAAAAUGGAAGUUUUCAUCGACGGAGGUGUUCGAAGAGGAAGUGAUAUCUUAAAGGCGAUUUGUUUAGGUGCAAGCGGGGUAUUAAUUGGUCGUCCAUUUCUAUAUUCGUUACAGUAUGGCGAACCAGGAGCAAGAAAAGCGUUCAACAUUCUCCGUGAAGAGCUUGAGAUUGCAAUGCAACUUGUUGGCAUAACGAGCCUAGAUCAGGCGCAUCCUGGUCUGCUAAACACUGCGGACAUUGAUACCUAUGUUUACCGCGGGGAUGAUCAUCCGUGGGCGCGGAAAAUUGUGCGCAGUAGGCUAUAGAUUGAACGGACAGGUUGUAGUACUGGUGCGUUGAGGCAAGUCAGCGAGAAUGGUGUUGGGAUGGUUAUGGAUCAGCAAGAUUUUGCAAAUCAGACAUCUCAGAUGAGUGACAUGUCGCAUGAAGAAUUGGGUACUCUAAGGUCGGAAAUCAGCCUGUUACAGUGUUGGUUGUUGUAAGGUUGGCUCAUGGUGAGCAACGACGGGGUCAAGCUUGAUAAGUAGAAGCUACCCGCCGACACAAUAUUGGUAGUUUAAUGUCUACGGAUGUGAUCGACC